AUGGCAUCAUCAUCAUCAUCAUUUGAAGAUUAUUUCGAUCUGGAUAUGGCUAUGUCAAUGGAUUGGAGCAACCGUGAAGAAGAAGACAAAGAUUCUUCUUCUCCGGCGACCACUGAAGAAGAGAUGUCUUCUUUUGUGUCGGAGAUGCCUACCGUCGUCGCCGACGACGGAACAACAAACUCCGACGACGACGUUGUUUGUGCCGUCUGUAUGGAAAACUUCGGUCCAGAUUCCUCCGGCAAAAGACUGCCCUGUUGCCACGUGUAUCAUUCCACCUGUAUUGCCAAGUGGCUUUCCAUACAUGAUUCCUGUCCUCUCUGUCGAUGCAGAAUUUACUGCCCUACUACUCAACAUUAUUAA